AUGACGGCCCUGAUUCUCCUGGGUCUCAUCCUCUGUGUAGUGACGGCACUGGCAGCUUUCAGCCCGCGGGGCUUGCUCUUAUGGUUGCUGGGCCUGCUCGGAAGAGAGUCAUUAUUGCCACCAAGCAGCGUGAAGCCGGAUGUUGAGAAGAAGCCAAGUUCCGAAUCAUGGCCGCCCAUCGAGCCCCUCCCAGAUUUCGACUGGAAGACGACGCCUCCAAUUAAACUGCGUCCGUUCAAGCCGAUUUAUCACAUCAACAUGGCCAUCCAAUCCACAACCCCCUCGGAGCUGAUCGUCCUUGACAACACUUACCUCACCAAAGUCCUCGAACGCCGCUCCAUCCUCUCCUCCCACGGACCCUCAGUCCACGGCGCCAUCCCCUCCGGCUCGGCCCCCGUCCACGAGCUCUACACCUAUCUAUUGGGAACCUACCUGCCCACGCGCUACCCUCGUCUUUUCUCAGUCUCGCAAACCGAAAAAGGCACUCUCACCUUCCACAACCACGUCACCGGCCUGACUGCUCCCGUUUGCCCAAGCGAACAAGAGAUGGACGCCGAAGCGAUGCUGCGCAUCCUUGGCGAGACGGUAGAGGAUGAUCUGUUUCUGCUAUUGCAAGAUCCGGCCGAACAGGGGGGACAGCAUAGAGCUGUAGCGUUUGUGUGCUGCCAUCCGGCGGGGUUCGCUCCACGAGAGAAGCUAGGGAUGAGGCUGGGCGAGAUCCAUGGCCCUGUGCCGGGGAUUGAGAAGAUUAGCGGAAGUAUGGAGAGAUUUUUCUCCAGGUUAGAGGUUGGGAAGCCGGUGAAAAGGGUUAAUUGGACCCUCCAAACAACACCUCAUCUGUUCACCCCCCGCGGCAGCGGCGUCACCCUGCACCUGGACGACGCGGUCCAAGAAGUCGAGAAGAUUGACCCUUCGCAGGCCCGCAUGCGCGUCGAGCUACAGACGCUGACACGGCUGCCGCAGAGCAGAGCGAUCCUGUUCAGCUUCAAGUCAUUCAUGUAUCCUCUCGAGGAGAUCAAGGCCGAGGGCCUGGGGCCGGCGCUCGCGGAUGCGGUUGAGGGAUUGCAGAAGGGGAAUGUCCCGGGGAUGUGGAUUUAUAAAGGGGCUGUUAUGAGCGAGAAUGCUCCUCAGGCUGAGAGUGAGAAGGACAAGAUGAGUGCCUUGAGUAAUGUUGUUGUUGUUGGCGGAUCUUACGUGGGAUUGCCACGCUUCUCUAUCCUCCCCUCGCACGAACACAAAGCCUUCAUUCCAUACACAUCAACCUACACCUCUUCCCCAGACCCCUCGCGCCACCUUAUCCUUCACGCCCGCGCCACAGCCCUGCACCCACACACCCUUACGGUCGACCGUCCCAUCUUCCAGUCUUCAACCUCAGUCCCCUUCGACUACCUCAUCCUCGCAACGGGCUCGAAGCUGCCCCCGCCAGGGAAUAUCCCCCUUUCCGUGACCGACUCCCUCAACAACAUGACUCAUCACGGGAAGAACGAGAAAGAAAAUGCAGCAAGGUAUCUUCGGCAAUGGCAAAGCGCCAUCAAGCAGGCAGAUACUAUCGUCUUGGUCGGUGGCGGCGCAGUAGGCGUGCAAAUGGCGUGUGAUAUCAAGGAGAUCUAUCCGCAUAAGCAGGUGACGAUUGUGCAUUCGAGGGAUAGGCUCAUGAACGCCUUUCACCCAUGGUUGGGGGAGAUCGUGGACGAGAGAUUAAGGGAGUUGGGGGUUCGCGUUGAAAAGGGGGUUCGCGUUGUUUUCCCUGAGGGGGGCUUCCCCGACCCAACAACAACAACGGGGUCCAACUCAACUCCAAAGACGAACAUGACAGAGGUCAGACUGACAGACGGUCGUUGCCUAAAAGCCGACCUUUUCAUCCCCUGCACCGGCCCCAAACCCUCCACAUCUCUACUUACCUCCCCAUCUAGCACUCUCCCCGCACAAGAACUGAUCAACCCUGAAAACGGGUGCAUCCGCGUCCGUCCAACAAUGCAACUGGCACAUGAGAAACUGUCACAUCUUUUCGCGAUCGGGGAUGUUGCCGACACGGGCAUGCAUAAGGCUGCUAGGCCGGGGAUGGUGCAGGCGGGGGUUGCGGCGAGGAAUAUAUUGGCGAUGGUUGAGGGUCGGGAGGCGAGAGAGGUGGUGAAGGGGAGCCCAGGGGGGAUUCACCUUACUCUGGGGUUGACAAGGAGCGUCCUCUUCCGCAACCCCAACAUCACAGCAGGCGAGACAGAGCCAUACGCCGAGAAGAAGGAAGAUGGCGCCGAGGACAUGCACAUAGCGAUGGCGUGGGCUAGGAGGGGGGUGAAGGUCAUGAAGGUAGAGGAUUUUCAUCUUUGA